AUACGUCAUCAGUACGCGCCGUCCAACAGUAAACUCAUUAAGUUGAUUUUUAGUAAUUUGAAGCUCUGCUGAGGGUCCUAUUCAACAAAAGGAUGCGUGACAUAAAUGGUCAGGGGAUGGGACCCUCUCAACCGGUCGAAUUUUCAUAGCCAUGCCGUAGUCUGGUAAUUACGAACGUUCGAAUAAAAGGUGUGACGAAGCUCCCCAGAAACGUAGUUAAACGCUCAAAGUAGGUCAGGAGAUAUGGCUGACGACCCACAGAGAAAUUUUCGUUCUGCUUAUUAUGAGAAAGUUGGCUUUAGAGGGGUCGAGGAGAAAAAGUCCCUGGAAAUUCUGCUCAAGGAUAACCCCCUUGACCUGGAAAAGCUGAGCACUUUUAGCCAGCGGUUUCCUCUUCCAUCCAUGUAUAGGGUCCACGUGUGGAAGGUUUUGUUAGGCAUCCUGCCACCCCACAGUGACUCCCAUAACUUGGUUGGAAGCUACAGAAAGGAGCAAUACCAAGACAUCCGGGAGGCACUGAAGGUGAUGAGAUUUAUCGAAUCCUCCACACCUUCAACCCAUGUGUACCUGCGUAUGUUCCAGCUUGAGAGCCAGGUGCUCCCGCGCUGCUCUGAAAUGUCACCACCGGAUGAAAAGAACGAGGACUUCUUAUCCAUCAGUCAAGCAAUGGAGGAGAUUGCAGAAAAUCCGGUUGACUGCUACUGGCUAAUUAAAAGUUUUAUCACCCAGUUCCACACCAAGUUUGGAGACUCAGUUCCGCAUCUUCCAAAGAGCCUGGAGCACUACCUCAGUCAGGAGGAGCCUGGGCUUCUGAGCCAUCUGAAGAACAAUGGUGCUUUGGCGCAACUCCCAUAUAACCUCUGGUUCAGGCACUGCUUUGCUGGCUGCUUGCCCGAGUCCAGUUUGCAGAGAGUCUGGGACAAGGUGAUCAGUGGCUCCUGCAAGAUCCUGGUGUUUGUUGCUUUGGAGAUACUUCUCAGCUACAAGAUUAUGUUGCUGGGUAUCAGCCGACCAGAGGGUGUUGUCAAGUUUCUGUGCAAUAUACCGCAGGAGAACACUGAUGCCAUCGUAACUAAAGCCAUUGAUCUUUGGCACAAAUAUUGUGGCACCCCAAUACAUGCCAUGUAAGCUGGGGGGGAAAUAUGUUUCCUUCUACUGAUGAACCAGCGAUAUGUCUUCACUCCUCAUGCCUAAUGCGACUACCAGCUGGACUGUGCAUGCCGAUCUUUUUGCUAAUAAAUUGAGGAAUAACCAUAGACUCACCUUCCCGCUUAGGGCUGACCCAGGCAGAGCAUUUGGCUUUCACUGUGAUAAACUCAAACACACACUGCGUUCAAACCCCGGAUUUAGGUGGAAAAAAGACGAAAGUCUUACUACUGUAUACAAGCAGGCAGCAGUGUCUCGAGUGAUUUGGUUCAAGCUAAUAUAUAAAAUAGCCCCAUGCAUGCACUUUAAAACAUUUUGGGAAAAAAUGCAAGGAAAUAAUUUGCGUAACUUUAGCUCAAAAUAUUUACACAAAAGGAAUGAUAAAUGCCUGUUUUUUGCUUUUAACCAAUAAUUUAGACUGUUCUAUGUUCAUAUCUAAAGAAAUUCAGGGAUGUACACAUUUAUUUACAAGAAUUUUCAACUUAAAAAGCGUAAUUUUAGCUCGACAUAUUUACGUAAAAUGAAUGAUAAAUGCCCGUUUUUUGCAUUUAUCCAAGAAUCUAGACUGUUCCAAUGUUCAUAUCUAUAGAAAUUGUGGGAUGCACACAUUCAUUUACAAGACUUUUCAACUUAAAAAGCUUUUUGUUUUGUAUCCAAGUUUGUAUCCAAAUAAUCAGGUAAUGUCUUGGCCAACUGCCAUUUUUUGGCAAAAAAGUAUUAAUUUAGACAUUUCUGCUUCCAAAACAAACAAAAAAAUCCCCUUUUACGUGUUCUAUCUUAUGUAACAUUUUAAUCCAAAAACGAGGAGGGCCAGAUAGCCGGCAAGACGUGCCUCCGUACUGAGGCAAUAGUAAUUUCAGAAUUCAACCUAAAUAAGUUGUGAUUGUAUAUAGAAAAAAAUGCAAAUUUUGCUUUUGUUGAGUAAAAUUAAGAUGACUCUGCAUGCUUUCCUCAAGUAUUAAGUAUUAAUUAUUCUGAUGUGAAAAAUGAGUGAUUUAUUAGCUGUUGAAAACUUAAACUUUAAAGUUGCUAUUUUGGGCAAAAACAUAUGAUAUGUUAAAAAUUGCUAUUGAUCCUGAAAAUUUAGGUGAUGAGCUCUGCAUUUGUGAUUUUUGUGGAUCUAGCAUAAAAUUUGAGAAUUUUAUUGCCAUUUUAAGUUUUGUUAUACUUGUAUUAAAAAAAUAAUUAAUUGGGAUUUCAUUAGGGGUUAGGGUUAACUUUGAAUUUCUAUAUGUGGCUGCUCAUGGAGACUCAUAUAUGCCUAAGGGAGGUGCCUGUUUUAGUAUUAGGUCGCUAGCGGCUGAGGUUUUGAAAAUAUUUGAAUUCAAAGUUUUUGAAAAUAGGCCCCCUACAGAUCGGCCCCGUGUCCUGUCAACUAAUAGUGAAGUCUAUGGAAUAACGUAAUUCGACUUUACACUCAGAGGUGGGUAGUAACGUGUUGCGUUUACUUGUGUAACUUUGAGAAAAAUAUACUUCAAAGAGUAGUUGUACCACGCCAUACUUUUUAUUUGAGUUUUACUCGGCUACUUGGAGCUCCACUAGUCAUUUUACGAAUGUAGAAUAAAGAGGAAAAAUGUUAGAAUUUAUUUUUGCCGGAAAUGCCUCCAGUGGCGCUACCAAUAUCACCAAUGAGAUGUCUCAACGAUAACCACAUGACUCAAUUAUUCCAAUCAGGCGUAACAAAACAGUCACAUGACCGUACACAAGCAGUCACAAGUCCUAUGAUCACGAUGCCUGUUCAAUCACAUGACAUCUUUAAAGAACCGUAAAAAAUAAACCAAUUCACUGAGAGCUGCUGUCAACAUUACUUGAAAACGCGGAUUUCAACCUGGCCUGCGAUUUUUAUUUGACACCGAUAUACAGUGAAGAAAAUAAGAAUUGAACACUCUGCUAUUUUGCAAGUUCUCCCACUUAGAAAUCAUGGAGGGGUCUGAAAUUUUUAUCGUAGGUGUCCACUGUGAGAGAGAUGAUUUAAAAAGAAAAAUCCAGACAUCACAAUGUAUGAUUUUUUUUUUAACAUUUCAUUUCUGUGAUACAGCUGCAAAUAAGUAUUUGAACACCUGAGAAAAUUGUUAAAUGUUUGGUACAUUGGUCUUUUUUUGUAAUUAAAGAAGUCAAACGUUUCCUGUAGUUUUUCACCAGGUUUG